AUGUAUCUACUCUCUCCCCUUAUCCUGCCUUUCAGUAUCUCAUCAAGGGUGUCACAUAUGGAAUGCCGCCAGAGCAAUGUAUAUGUUCUCUCGCCCUCAGAGCUUGCCAGCCUUGCGCCUUACUCGCAAUUCGCCCGUGCAGCAUACUGCCCCCCCAGCACCGUCGAUGGCUGGAUGUGUGGUGAAGCGUGCGAUGCGGUACCAGACUUCCUGGUAUCGCUUACAGGCGGGGAUGGAAGUGACACGCAAUACUACUAUGUCGGUUACUGGCUCUCCGGAGACACAGUCAUCGUAGCCCACCAGGGGACGGACACAACUAAGCUCCUUGCGUAUCUCACUGAUGUCGACAUAUUCUUGGAAUCGCUUGACCCGUUACUCUUCCCGGGCAUCAGCUCCAGCGUGCAAGUGCACAGCGGAUUCGCGAAUGAACAUGCCAAGACUGCACCUACCAUCCUCGCUGGGGUUGGCCAUUCCCUCGGUGGUGCACUCGCCGAACUCGAUUGUCUCUUCCUAGCCCUCAGUCUGCCUUCCAACAUUGCCAUCAAGGGUGUCACAUAUGGGACGCCACGCGUGGGCAACCCUGCAUGGGCUAGCUUCUUCGAUUCGACUGACCCAAUACCCAUCGUCCCAGGCAUUUUCAUGGGCUUCUCACAUGUUCAUGGGGAGGUACACAUAACAGAACCCAACUAUGCAGUCUCCUGUCCCGGCAACGAUGACGCAACCGACGCAAACUGUACGAUCAUGACCGUUCCAAACGUAUUCGAUAGUAACAUGCUGAACCACUUGGGGCCCUAUCAGGGGAUAUAUAUUGGUAGCUUAUUCUGUACUUGA